AUGCCUUCUCGGGAUUGGUUGGCAUGCGUAGGUAGGAAGGCUGUGCGACGAGCCAAUGAGGGACUGGGAUUCGGGGGAGUCAGUGUCUCCGAGGUGCAGCAAGGCGCUUACUGCUCUGGCCUCGGCCUGGGGGAGCUGCUGCUUCCUCAGGGAUCUUUGUCCUGCAUAGCUCCGAUCGCUCGGGCGCAGAGGGCACCUGCGAAUGGAGGACAGGUGAGACGCCAGCGCUCGUCCCGGCCUCCGCGCUGCCUCAGCGCUAGCCGUUCUCGGUCCGUGCCUGAGCAGCCGCGGACCCCGGGACAGUGCUUGAGCCGUGCGUGGGGAGGCCCCACAGCGGAGAGUGGGAAGAAGUGGCCCGGUACAGGCUGGGACGAGGGCAGGGCCGUGGGGAGCAGCAGUGGACACAGCGUUAUUCCCCGCAGAACCUUCACAUCCGGGCUCAUCCUUCUUCCUCGCUCCUGUUGUGACGUCUCUGUGACUGACGCAGAGUUGGAGAAAACUAGAAGAGCUCCGUUCAGCCGCAGCAGAUUCCUAGAGAUGCGCAACGAGAAUGUGUACGGAAGCCAGCGGUGCCAGACGUCGGGAAAUGCCGCGCACGCAGUUAGCGCACAGGUAGCGAGGAGCACUCCGGGUAGCGCUUUUCACACGGGGUCGAGCUCAAUUCUGAGGAAGGUGGCACAACUGGAAAGUAAAUUCAUGAAUCGAAGAAAGCAGAUGGAACCACAAAACACUGAUUUGGGUCUGAAGUCUUUAGUUGAAGAGUCCUCUUCAUCUCCUUCCAGUCAUGAACACAGGGCAAGGGGCAAGAAAUACCAGAAGAGUUGCGCUACUACCAGUGGGAACAUGACACACAGCACUGCCUGUUCUAAAGAAGAGGAAAGCAUCCAAAGCCUUAAAAAGAAUAUUGUGAUUAAACAGCAGCUCGGUUUGGAUGGUGUUGAAGAAGAAAUGAGAGAACUGAUGGAUGGGUCUUUGGAUUUUUCUUGUAGAAAUAAGAAUUGGAGGGGUGUUGUGAGUGAUUCUAAAUGGGGUGUACAGGGUAAGAGUCCUGUUUCAUCAGGAAUGCCUCCUCCAUCUCAGAAGGCAACUUCACCAACAGUAUCACAGUAUCACAGUAUCACAGAGGUAUCUAAAGCAUCUUACUAUAGCGAAGACUUGAUGAAAAAUGGUUUUGGUGGAAUUAAUUCACCAACAUCUUCAUUGGCCAGCAGAAACCUGUCAGUACAACAUAACAUGAGAUCUCAGUCACUGUCCUCUGUGAAAGACAAUACUGUAAAGAUUACUCUGCCUCAAACAGGCAACACCUUGCAAUGCCAAAUGUCACUUGAAAGUGACAGAAGUGAAAUAAAAUCAUUGGAUAACUUGUUUUCCAAAGAAGCUGAUUCAGAAGAUUCCAUUAGCAGCAGCUCAGAUGGCUUCAGACUGAAUAUUCUGAGCCUUGAUGAUUUGGCACCAAAUACUACCAGUGCGGCAGUAGAAUUAAAGUGGAAAGAGACAGACAUUCAAAUUACUCGAGGAUCAAACAGAAAUCCAAAGAAAGAUACAUCCCUGGUGGCAAAAGAGCAGGCUUCCCUUAAAAUGACAAGUGCAAUAACUGGUAUGAAUGAUGCUUCUGAAGGGGAUAGUGAAAACAAUGUGACAGAAGCUGAAAUCUCUGAACAUUUAAGUGGAGUUUCUGCAGAUUCCCCUAGACACAAACAGGAUUAUCUAUAUCAUGAUGAGACAACUGUUAACUCAGAAUAUUCUGUAGACUUUGGAAGGUCUCUUGCUGCAACAGACAGAGGAGCUGUAUUGAAAGAGUCAGAGGAGUAUUCUGAGAGCUGCACCUAUUCUGGAAAACGCCCAUCUUCAGCAUCGUCACCUUCAUCUACCAGAAAGCUGUGUGGCCAGGUGUGCAGAGUCACUGUCAAAGAAACUGGGGUUCAAACAGGAGAUCCCUCAUUCAGCUACUGCUGGCCAAAGGCAAACACCUCUGCAGUACUUGACCCACCUGUAGGAAACAGUUAUGUUGAUCCAGUACCUAUUGCCAGUCAUGUCAUCAGCAUGGAUGCAGUAGAAGCCCUGACAGCAUAUAGCCCAUCAGUUCUUGUUUUAAAUGCCAUGUUGAAACAGCACUUGAUGAUGACUCAGAAGUUCCUAGAGAACAUUCAGCACCUUCACUUAUCCAUUGUGGAGUCACUGGAGAAUGAGCAGUUCCAUUACCAUACCCUGGCAGAGGCUAAAGAGUACAUCAAGGCUCACAGAUCUGCACCUCUGAGAGUGAAGCAAACACGUGAAGAAAGUAGGAGAGCACAGAAGGAAAAGCUGCCUUGACUCUGGAUUUUAAAUAAAAUUUCCAUUUACACAUCUC